CUCAUCAAGUUACAAGACAAUUCGAAAGAUCAGGAUAUCCCAACUUGAUCAUUCGUCCGGACUCUGAAGAUUCUGUUGAAGUACCUGCAACUGGAAAUUGCCUCACUCGCUUCCUUCUCCGCCUGCCUUUCAUUCGCCUCUUGAUACUGCUUGCCAAAGGUCCAUUAUCUGUGCCGGUGUUUCUGUGGCGUUUCCUUUGUGCUCCCAUGAGGUGUGUCGCAAGCUGGAUUGAGCCAGAGCCAUCCGAGUCUGACUUGGAAGGUAAGCCAGAUUCUUGCUCACAUAAACUAUGAUUCAUACAUAUUUAGAUUAUACCUGGACCCAGAUGCACAGCUUCUUUGUGCUCAUGGGUGGUUUCAUGCUUUAUGUAGACGGGAAACCCUACCUUACACUACGUCCUGACUACAUCCUCAAACUGAUACAAGACAAGUGUAUCGACGUUCCUACCCUGACCGCAAAACAGAUCCGUGACAGGAGCAAAGGCAAUGCGAUAUCGAAAGGAUUGGUCAUGCUUCAGGUGGCCUACUUUGUUCUACAGCUCAUCACUCGCGCCAUAUAUCACCUCGAAACCACUCAGCUCGAAGUGGGGACACUCGCUUUUGCAGUCCUCAGUUUCCUAACUUAUGCUAUGUGGUGGGACAAGCCUCUCGAUGUGCGAUGUUCACAUCCAGUGUACUGGAAGUCGACCGAGUCAAUACCAGAGGAUCACAUUGAUUUCAGUGACACAGACGAAUUCGCUCCGCUUCCCAUCGCCCGCUCAAUUUUCGAACUGAUGGGCUUUCCUCGCAUUCCUACAUCUCAAAAACUCCAAGUUCCAACAUUUGAUGGCAGCAUCACUCUCGAAGAUUCGGACAGAAAAGUUCUUCGGCUUGCUGCAAUGCUUAUGGCUACCAUAUUCGGUGGCGUCCAUUGUAUGGCUUGGUUCUUCGCCUUUCCCACACACCAGGAACAGAUGCUAUGGCGUAUCAGUGCCGUCGCCACAACUUGCACACCCUGGCUUUGUUGGAGUCUCUACUCCGACUCGGAAGUGACCCAUUCAGUACUUCAGCGUUUUCCAAAUCCAUUAAAGUACGUCGUGUGGGGUGUGUAUUUUCUGAUUUAUUUCGCAUGUUUCGCAUUGUACGUCCCAGCUCGUGCCGUCCUCUUGGUACUUAUGUUCACCACUUUACACAAUCUUCCUCCUGACGCAUACAAGGCGGUGUCAUGGACUAGUAUGAUGUGACACUCUUGUGGUCGACGAUAUUUAAAGCUAGG